AUACCAUGUCCACCUCUGAACCCAUCGACCUACUGGAAAACUCUACUCUUUUCGAUGACAAUACCAUUGUCAUCGAAAUUGAUAACCUCCUCAUUGGAUGGCCAACAUACACAAUAGAUUUCACUCCAGAGCGUCCGGGACCAGUGAAGUUGAUAUUGCGCUUGAAGGAUGCGUCGAAAUUUAGAUGGGUUGAGGACGAGAACAGUGAAGAUGAGGCAGAGGGGACAGUAAAACCAAAAAGUCACUUGCCGCAAGUUACUGAAGAGGACCCAGACAUUACUCUGGUCUGUGAGGCAACUCCCAAGAAUACUCAACGCGUCAGUGCAAAACCCGUAGAGUUGCAUGGCGUCCGCAGAGACUCUCCUUCUAUACGUCUCACACGGGAGAAGUUCAAGGAGGAGCAUGGUUAUACAUGGCCCCCCCGCCGUGGCUUCAGGGCGGUCUCUUCUGAAGUACCAACCACUCAACUUGAUGCGAUAUUGACGUUGCCUGCUGCUGUCUGCUCCGAGUAAUUUUCUUUGCACUUUACCAUUGUCAUCUCAUUGCACUGUACCAUUGUCAUCUUGUUGCACUUUACUGUAUCGUUCUGCACAUACAUUGUCUCUGUAAUCAUAGAAUCACAUUAAUUGUAUUUUCUUGCUGUGCAACACGCAUAUAG